AUGAAGCGUUCAUCCAAAGAAGCGCUGAAGGGAGAAGGCGGUCGAGAAAUUAAUAAAGCAUCAGUGGCAUCUAUCACAUCAUCGGCCAAAUCUGCAGAGCAGAAUUUGGAGCGUUUGUAUAAGACAAUUCGCAAUUCAGCAAAAAAUGAACGUGGCAAGAAAUUGCGUUUGGAAAAAGCUUCUGCAAAGCGUGAGCGACAAAAAUUGCGUUUGAAAUUACGCGAAAAACUUGGCGAAGAAAAAAUACCGAAGGAAAAGCCUCGAACAAUUGAAAGUACUCGUGAAUUUGAUAUUACUGUGAUAGAAGAUGACGACCAAGAAGUUCAGCAUGAUGAAGCAAAUGAUGAAAUGAGCACAUACUUCAACGACGAAAUACCACCGAAAAUCCUGAUAACCACGUCACCAUAUGCUAAAGUGAACACAUUCAAGUUUUGCUACGAAUUACAAAAAUGCAUUCCUAAUGCUGAUAUAUUUACCCGUAAAGGAAUCCCUUUGAAAAAAGUGGUGAAACAAGCAAAAUCCAAGGAAUAUACUGAUUUGAUUGUAGUGCACGAAGAUCGGAAGAUACCAAAUGGUAUUGUUCUUUGUCAUUUACCAGAUGGUCCAACUGCGUUUUUUAAAAUUAAUAGUUUAACGUUUACUAAGAAUCUUAAGAAAAAAGGCGAAUCCACCGUGCAUUAUCCAGAAAUCGUAUUAAACAAUUUCAACACCCGGCUUGGUCAUACGAUUGCUCGAAUGUUUGCUUGUCUUUUUCCACAAAAACCUAUGUAUUCUGGGCGACGAGUGGUUACUUUUCACAACCAACGUGACUACAUAUUUUUUAGACAUCACAGAUACGAGUUCAAAAGAGAAGGUGAAAAGGCGGCAUUGCUCGAGCUCGGACCUCGUUUCACUUUACGGCUGAAAUGGCUGCAGAAAGGAACAUUUGAUACUCGAUAUGGUGAAUAUGAAUGGGUCCUAAAGAGGCAUGAAAUGGAAUCUAGUCGAAGGCGAUUUUUUUUAUGA